CGAACCGUACGGUACGUUUCUAUUUCUAUGUUGCAUGUUAUACAGGACCUGAUUUGGCGCAUAUCAAAGAAAAGGAAAUGGUGUUUGGUCAUGGAUGACUUUGGUGGAACGUUUUUUGAUUUAUCUGCUUCUGCACAUAACUCAACACUUUCAAAUCCAAUUUCCAAUAUGUCAUCUUCCUCCUUGUGUGGAGGAGGGAACAACUUCUUCCUACAAGAGCAAACGAGUGACCUCGAUACACUAUUAAUGUCCGACACUGGGUUGAAUAUGGACAACCCGUUCAGCAAUGGAAUCACCUCAAAUGGAAUAAAAUCUAUAAAAUCGGAACCCUUGUUUUCAAAUGUAAAUGAACUACACAGUUCCAGCAUACAAGGCAUGCCACAGCCAACUCGGCAAGAUCUGUUUCCUAAUUCAAGCUUCUCUUCUAUUGAUUCAAGUAGCAUGCACACUUCUUUGGAAUAUAUGCUUGACAACCCUGUUUCAGUCAGUUUGGAAUCAAAGCCAAUUAAAACUGAACCAAGCUCCAAUCAGAGCUACCCGACUAAAGUGAAACUUGUAAGCGUCGGAGGUUUCACAGGGCCAGCGAAUAUUUUGAGUAAAGUAUCAAUCAUAAGACCUGGACAAUCUAUUCAAAAACUUACUGGUCAGGAAGUUAUCAGUCCUAAAGUACCCCCAGCAUUACCACAAGGCAUGCAGGCAAAAGUUCUUGCAACUUGUCCGAAAGUAACCCAAGCAGAACCCCUGUAUCACCAUGCUGUGAAGACUGAAAGACCUGAUGAUAUUGUUCCUGUGGUCAAAGAAGAACCCUUGAUGUACAGCAACUUUGACCUUCAAGAUGGAUCAAAACUCAACAUCUCUGUUUGUAAUGUUGUCUCAUCUUUCCGUGUCCAUUGUCACCUGAAUCUACGUCAGAUAGCUUUGGAGGGAAUGGAUGUGGUUUACAGGCGGGAGACGCAGAAAGUUGUAAUGAGAAUGCGGAAUCCAAAAUGCACAGCCUACAUGUGGUCAUCAGGCAAAAUAGUUUGCACAGGUUCAAGCUCAGCACAAUAUGCAAGACAGUCGGCCAAAAGAUUUGCUCGGCGGUUGUUAAAAAUCGGAUUUAAAGUAAAAUUUGCUGAAUUUCGAGUUGUAAACGUUCUUGCAGUGUGCAAGAUGCCGUAUGCGAUUGACAUAAACGAAUUCGCGAAAGCAAAUCGUGGCCGUCACUGCAGCUAUGAACCAGAGCUUCACCCCGGAGUGACUUUCCGAGAAUCCACCACAAAAGCAACGUUAAAAAUAUUUUCCACUGGAUCAGUCACUGUAACAGCAAGAUCUGUAGAAAAAGCAAAAAAUGCAAUUCGAACCGUUUAUCCAAUGUUUCAAGAGUUUUACAGGUUUGAAAAACCGAAUUUGGAUUUUGAUAUUUCCGACGUUCUGCCCAGUGACACUGAAGACUGCAGCUGAUCUAUCUGUGAUGUCAUAAUGCAGAUUAAGAACCAAAAUCUCAUUGAUUUAAUAUCUAGGAAAUACAAACAUUAUUUUCUUUUCUUUAACCUUAUCGAUAUGGGUUUAAUAUUCAGUAAUAAUUUAUUUUCAGUUUAAUGACGUCAAAAGAGUGUAUUACCAAAAGCCUAAUGGGAAUACCUGUUUAUCCCGCCUUAAAAACUUUCAUGUAUUUUUUUCUGUUAAAAGUCGUGAUUAUUUUUCUCGUAUUUUAUUUGUGCUACAACUAUUUUGCCUAUCGCUACUUCUGCCAGCGAAUACCCAGGUCACUGUUCGUAUUAUCAUUUUUCUAUGACGGAAAUUCUCGACCAUGAUUUGCUGGUCCUUUCCGGUUGCUCUGCACAACCAUUGCAUGCAACACCCGGUUUAAAGACAGUCGUUUGCAUCCCAAUUUUAAACACGAAGUUACGAGUUAGGUUUUCGGCUGUACCGCAAGUGUUUUAGUUUUUGCAUAGCCUUAUUUUUAAGUCCCGUGCUGCUUUUCGCUAUACUUACACUCAAACUCACAAUCGAAAACGGCGAAAUACAUUAAAAGUAAAUGCACGUUACUCUCUACAGUGUGGCGCGGCCGACAGUUACACCUAUUUAUUCGCACGAAAGUGUUUCGUCUUUUCUUUAUCGCAGGUUAGCUGCUGUUACUACCCACGACUUCUGUUGUAUAUUUUCGCAUCUAAAAGCACAGCUUCCCGUCGCAACGAUUUCCGUUACGCGCUGCACCUUCCAAAUUGUUAACGCAACUUUUAAAACUUGUAAUGUAUUUCGAGAUUUCUGCUAGCUUUCACGUUUCUCUCUUUUGCAACUCUGAAAAUAAAGCUGAUUUGUAAUACAACACCGAACACAAAAA